GGCGGGACCGGUGUCGGCGGCUGUGUCGUUGAGUGGCUCUUUAUUUGCUCCUUUUUGUUUGUGUUUGUGUUACUUUUAACAUGGGUUUUGAUGAAGGAAGAAUCGUCCUGGACAGUGACAAUGGGUCAUACUUUGCUGGACAGACGGUUCAUGCAAAAUUAGUUUUUAACCAAGACAAGGUGAAAACUUUUCGAGGUAUAUAUGCAAAAAUAAAAGGUUUCUGCAAAGUUCACUGGACAACUUCACACUCGAGGCAGGUCCCUGAUGGCAGGGGUGGGCACCGUACAGAGCACUACACUGAGACACAUGAGUCUCAUGAGGUCUAUGUUGAAAGGAAGAUUUACCUUGUUGGAGGGGAAAGUGGCGAACACAGAAUACAACCAGGCAAACAUGAAUACCCAUUCAACUUCCCACUACCCGCAAACUGUCCCUCAUCCUUCGAGGGUGAGUAUGGCCACAUCCGGUACGAAAUCAAGGUGGUUGUGGACCGGGCUUUCAAGACUGAUCAAGAGAAAAAGGUCCGCCUGAGUGUCAUAGCCCCAUUGGAUCUCAAUGCGGAUCCUUAUUGCAGUGAACCAAUCGAGAUCGAGAUGAGCAACACCUACUGCUGUUGCUGCAUGAGUCGCGGUGCCUGCGAGACCUUAGUCAAGCUGCCCAAAGGGGGUUACUGCCCUGGACAGACGAUUCCUAUUGAAGUCAGCUGCGAGAACAAGGGCAAUGUUGACAUUGAGACCCUCUCCUUUUCUAUUGAACAGAACACUGUCUUUCACGCAACACACCGCCCCGGCACUAAGACCAGAGAGGACACAGUCGCUAAACUAAAAAAGGGUCCCAUUCCUGGCAACACGUCUCGCACUUGGACUGUGGAGAUGGAAAUGCCGACAAUGGACUUGUAUAAUGUGGCUGGUUGCCGGUACAUCGAUAUCGACUACACUUUCGUGGUGAAAGUAUCACCAGACGGCUGCCACGAAGACAGCAAAGAGCGACGCCGAAUCGUCGUCGGCAACAUCCCCCUCCGAGGCUACCAAGACAAUAUCCCCAACCCAAUGCAAGACCAAAUGCCAAAACAAUUAGAGAACUAUCAAAACGCCGCGCCCCACUUCGGUCCUGUUGUCAACCAGCCGAUGCCUUAUCCUGCUCCUAGUCCUUACCCUAGUAACCCGGGUAACCCGUACCCCGGUGGUAACCCAUACCCUGGCGCGAACCCACCCUACCCGAACGCUAGUCCAUACCCCAACUCAAAUCUUGUAUCUCCGUACCCGAAUCCUCCAUAUCCUGGAAGUAACUCUGCGUACCCAGGAAAUGCGCAGCCGGUUUCGCCCUAUCCCCCUCCGUACUCCGCUGUGCCUUUACUGCCGCCUGGAGCGAACGUGCCAUAUCCUACAGGGCCUACUAGCCCGUUUGUCAACGCUAGUGCCCCUGGUCUGGUUCCAGCUACGCCGGAUUCUGAUGAGAAAAAAAACCCGAUUGAUGACAGCUCCAACAAUCCUCCUUUCAACCCUAACUAUAAAUCUUAAAAGAAGUUAAGUCCUAAUUGUAAUUUACGCCCAAAUAAUUUAAUUAUGAGCGUCACAACAGUUACAUUUUAAAGGGUUAGUACUACGGCUACAUACUGCUUGUGUAAAAUCAACAUAAUAAUAUCUGGAUACAUAAAUAUUUUUAGGUACAAUGACAACAUCAUCGCUUUAUCAAAUUAAAGUACACCAUUAAGAUUUUUUACUUUUAGUUAGGAAAAGGCAGUGUGUAUUUUGAAAACUAACUUUAAGAAAAAAAAAAUCAGUCAGAUAACUUUAGGAUUUUUAUUAAGAAAUAUGAUUACGAUUAAUCUUUCUUAG